CUUUGGCGGCCGCGGCAGUGGCUGCGGGGGGGGGGCGGGAGGCUCUUGGCUGCGGCGCUGCGGCGCAAGCCGACGCUCGGGAAGUGGCGCCACUAUGCCUGUCGCCGAGGCGGACGCGACCGUGGCGCGCGCCAUCGGCGGGCUCAUCCAGCUUUGCCUCGAGACGGGCAUCGACGACUCGCACGGCGCCGGCCACGCUGCCGCGGUCCUUCAUCACGCUGAAGCUGCGGUGGCAGCGGCGGCUCAGCCGCUUUCGGAGGCUCGAGCGCUGGCGGUCCGCUUAGCGGCUCUGCUGCACGACGCAGACGACAAGAAGUACUUCCCAAAGACGUGCCGGACCUACGCCAACGCGAGGCAGAUCAUGAGCGACGCCGGCGCGGCGCCAGCGGUGGUCGAAGACGCCCUGCGCAUGAUCUCGCUCGUCAGCUGCUCGGCCAACGGCAACGCCGCGCCGCCGGAGGCGCGCACGUCGCCCGAGCUGCUCUGGCCGAGGUGGGCCGAUCGACUGGAGGCUACCAGUACAAUCGGCACGUCGGCGCGCCGCUCAGUGUCGACCAGACGCCCCGGCCGGCGACGCAGGAAGAGGUGUGGAGGCACGCGACAGAGGAGCGUUUCGAGGAGUAUCAGGCCAGCGGCGGCGGCUCGGCCUCCAUGGUCGACCACUACUACGAUAAGCUGCUGCACGUCGCGCGACCGCCGCCGCGGCUCGUGCAGAACCGGUACCUUGAGGCGGAGGCGGAGGCGCGGGUGGCGCCGCUUGUCGAG